AUGAUUACAGAUAAACGCUUCGAUAUUGAUCCAAACACUCUUAUUAAUACAAAAAGACAAAUCUUUAGCUCUGAAAAUGAAUCUCACAUUCAUUUAACAAAUAAAUAAAGCUCUUUGGCUGAAUAAGAUGACAUUUCUAGUUAAGAAAAGUAUUAUAAUAUGUUUAUUAAAAUGAAAUAGUAGAAACCUGCAUUUUAUUGAAUUGAUACAAUCAAGAAGUUCCAUUAUCCCAACAGUUAAAAUUAUAUCCCCUGAAGAUUACGGAACAAUUAAAUAACCAAGAGGAAGUCUUUUUUUUAAUUCAAGUAUACAAAAUUAUGAAAAGUAUUUAUUUUCCUUAAACAAGAGUUUAAAUCCUACUUGGAAAAAGGGAGGAUUAAAAAUAAUAAAAUAUGUCGCAAGAUUCAUUUAUUAAUUAAAAACAAAGGCUGACAAAUUGAAAAUUAAGUUAAUGAAUUUUGAAAUAUUUAAGAAUUUAGGAGAUAAAAGUGGAGAUUUUAAGAAUUUUAAGAGAGGAUAAUAGAAAGAAGAAGAGAAUUUUAUUUGUUUAAUAAUUAUUAAGAUUGUAUCUUUUAUAGUUGCUAUAUGGAAUGUCAUCUGCAAAUUUUUAAAUAGAUUAGCUAUCAUAUAUCCUGAGAGUAGUUUCAAGAUAUUCUGGGAUUCUAUUGUAGUUUGUUUCAUAGUAAUCAAUAUAUUUUACAUCCCAAUGAGUUUGAGUUUUGAGUUAGACAAAUCUAAUCAAAUAUCAAUACUAUUCUUUGAAACUAUACCAAGUUACAUAUUCAUAGUAGAAAUAAUGUUAAACUUUAAUACUGCCUAUUACAGUUAAGGUAUAAUACACACAAAUCGUAGUGAGAUUUUUUUUCAUUACGUUUAAAAUAAUUUCUGUUGGGAUUUGUUGAUAACUAUUCCUUUUGUAUUGGCUUAGUUUGAUAUUCCAUAUAUAUAGUUUAUUCUAUUAUUACGAAUAGCCAGAGUGAGAUCUAUGAUUUAAAAUGUUUAAGAUUUAUUAAAUGCCAAGGAAGAAGUAUAGGCUGUAUUGGAAAUGAUUAAAUUAGUAUAUUUUUUAGUGUUAGUUGCUCAUAUGUGUAGUUGUGGUUGGCAUUUACUAGGCCGUAUUGAAUAUGAAAUAUAUAAUGAUGAAAAGAGUUGGUUAAUCUAUUAUGAUUAUUAUGAUUAAGAGUGGUAUGAUAGAUAUAUAGUUUCAUUAUACUGGAGUGUGAUAACAACCUUAACUGUUGGAUAUGGAGAUAUAGUUCCUUAGACUACAAUAGAAAGAUUGUUUGUUAUUAUAGUGGCUAUGGUCCUAUGUGGAGUUUUUGGAUAUAUAAUUUCAACCAUUGGUGAAAUUAUCAAAACAUUAGAAGAAAGAAAAGCUCUUUUAAAGAGGUCUAUGAAAAAAGUAAAUUAAUAUAUAAAAUAAAAAUAAUUGAAUCUAUAAUUAUCUUUAAAGGUUAGAAAGUAUUUUGAAUUUAAACAUUAAAUAGAUGAAUAAUUAUAGGAAUAAGAUGAUUCUAUUUUAAAUAAAUUAAGUGGAUAAUUAAAAUAAGAAGUUUUAGUUGAUAUUUACAAACGAGUUUUAUUAAAUUCUAAUUUUUUAAAGAAUAAUAUUCCUGAUGAUUUAAUUAAUAAUUUAUGCUAGAAAACUAAAUAGGCAACUUAUGCACCAGGAUAUGAUAUUGCUAGUGUUAAUGAUACAGCCACAAAAUUAAUUUUUAUUUUAGAAGGUAAAGUUGAUAGUUAUUUUGUAUCAAAAGGAUUAGAAGCACUUUGUAAAGGUGAAAAAGAUAAUGUAAAUGGUAAAAUAUAAAAAAUCUACUAAAGAGGAGAUAUUAUUGGAGAAUUAGAAUUUAUAUUAAAUUCUCCAUAUCAAUAUAAUUUUAGAUCAUCUACUUUAUUAUCAGUUGCAUUUAUUGAUAGAAAUGAUUUUCUUAUUGUUAUAUAAGAAAAUGAAGAGUGUAGAUAAAAGUUUCAUUAAUUAAGAGAAAAAUUGACAUAUUAAAAAACAUAUGGUAAAACCUGUGAUAUUUGUAAAUGGACUCAUAAAUAUUAGGAUUGUCCAUUUGUAUUUUAUUAAUCAAAUCUUGAUAAAAUUGCAAGGAAUGCAAAUAUAAAUUGUUAUUAAUAUAGAAAAAAGUAUGAAAGAUCAAGAGUAGUAAAAAGAAAUAAAUAAGGUUCUUUUCGUAAUAUAAUUGUAUCUUAGGGAUUAGAUGUUAUUUUAAAUUUUGGAUUUUUAAAUGAAGAGUAAUUAUUAAUUUUAACUUAGUUAAAUAAAUGAUCAAUAUUUAGCAAAACUAGGUUAUGGAAUAGGAGAAGAUGAAAAGAGUUAAAAAUUAUCUGAUAGUCAUUUAUCAUCAGAAUCAUAAGAAAUUGAUAAUAUAUCAUAAGAUUAAAGAAAAAGGGUUUAAUCAUUUGAAAAAAUGAAAACUACUUUUCUGUCUCAAAAAUUAAAAACAAAUUUUGGAUUGAAUUAAAAUUAUUAAAAACAUAUUAUGAAUGAUGACUCAUAAUAACAUUAAUAAUAAUAAUAAAACAGAAAAAUUGAAACCAAAUAUUAACAAGAAUAAUUAAUAACAGGAAAUUCCUAAAAGUUUAUUUAGAAUAUUUAUUCUCAAAAUCCAAUAAGGUAAAAUAAAGUUAAAAUGGAUACAAUAAUAUAAAAAAGUGUAUCUUUAGGUUCAUAAUAACUUGAUAGUAAAUCUAGAAAUGCUACUGAAUAUGAAACCAAUUAAUUAUAUUAAUCUGGAUUUAAUUUAUUAAUUGAUAUUGAUAAAAUGAAAGAUUAUGAAUUUUAUUUUCCUACUUUUAAUGUAACUAAUGUAGUUGAAAUUUUAAGAAAAUAAAGAUUAGGCCUACUCAAAAAUAACAAAAGAUAAGGUUUAUAAGAAAAAUUGAGAUCAUUAAGAAUGAAUAAAUCUUAAAAUAAAAUCAUUCAUCUAUCAUCCAAAAAUUUAGAAGAGAAAAUUUGA